ACUGCGGUUUUAAAGGUGACAACUCAACAAUCUUCGGAAAUCAAAUUUUUAUCCUCUGUCGAAAAUUAUGUGGCAUUGAUUCAGUAAAUUUUUGCAUAGAACGUACCGCAAUUUACCCGAAAAGAUGCAUGAGAAGUAGGUAAUUCUCAGGUUGAUCGAUUCAGUCUGUUUCAAGGAACGAAACGGGUACUGGGGUACGAUUUGGAACAGCUAUCGGUAUACAUGGUAUAACGCGAAAAGGUUGGAGUUCAUUGAAAUAGUAACUGAAAUCAAACGACACAAGGAUGCUUCCGCUCACACAUAAGGAUUCCCGGGGAUUUACGUACAAAGUAAGAGAGAAGUUCAACAGCCUCUCCAGGUUAAUCCUUUCCGAUAGGAAUUCGAGGAAUCUGUUUUUGUUUUUGCUGCUAAAUUUAAGUUUUGCAUUUGUUGAGCUGAUGUACGGAAUAUGGACCAACAGUUUAGGUCUGAUUUCGGAUUCAUUCCAUAUGUUCUUUGACUGCACCGGUCUAUUGGCUGGAUUGGCCGCCUCCGUAAUUACUAAGUGGAAGGCUAAUGAAAAAUAUUCUUACGGUUACGUGCGAGCGGAGGUACUGGCUGGUUUCGUGAAUAGUUUGUUUCUAUUGUUCAUUGCAUUCUUCAUCAUGUCGGAGGCUGUUGAACGUGCGAUCGAACCUCCGGAGGUUAAACAUGAAAGGUUGUUUGUUGUAUCUGUACUGGGCCUUCUGGUGAACUUGGUCGGUAUAUAUGCAUUCCAGCACGGAGGACAAGGACACUGCCACGGAGGCCAUGGACAUAGUCACGGGGGUCAUGGGCAUAGUCACGGGGGUCAUGGACAUAGUCACGGAGGUCAUGGGCAUAGCCACAGUGGACAUAACCACUCACACGGCGGAAGUACCAAUGAUACGAACCAUCUCUUAGCCAACCAUAAUCAUCACGGUCACAGCCACGGAAGUAACGACCAUCAUAACCACGAUCAUCACGAUCACGGCACCACCUCAAUCGGGGUAGAACAACCGAUUACUUCGAACAAUUCUCAGAUAAUGCGCGGGGUAUUUCUACACAUAUUAGCCGACACACUUGGUUCGGUUGGUGUAAUCAUUUCGGCUGUACUAAUGCAACUGUUUGGGUGGAUGCGAGCUGACCCCAUCUGCAGUAUGUUUAUCGCUCUUACCAUCGGAGUGAGCACUCUUUCGUUGAUCAAAGAAUCGGUUAUGAUACUUAUGCAGCGUCAACCAGAAGCUCUGGAUCGACAGCUUUCGCAGUGCUACCAAAAGGUUACUGGUCUCGCAGGAGUUUACAGUGUCCAGGAACCUCACUUUUGGACGUUAUGUAGCGAAGUAUACGUAGGGGCUAUCAAGCUAGAAGUGUCCAAAAACGUUGAUGCCCGAUAUGUCGUUCAGCACACGCGAAUGAUUUUCGAAGCGAUCGGAGUGCGGCAAAUCCAUAUUCAACUUGACUACGCUGCAAUGUGAUAAAGUGGGUGAACGCUAUGAUGAAAAUGAGUAAGUAUUUUAUCUAUCUUUAUUAGACACUUAGUGGGUGUGUUCCUUCGUGUUUUGAAGAAACUUGUUUUUUCGAGAAAGUGUGCGUGUGAGUGAAGGAAGCGAACUGCCACCUGACCUUAAACCUACUGAGCAGUUGAAGCAUCCGAGAGCAUGAGCGAGUAAAACACACUAGGAUUGAUUUGAGAUACACUUUUAGAAAUGUGUGCUGGAGUUCUAUCGCUUUAAGUUCAUUUACAUUGUCACCGAAAAAAGAAUUACAAAGAUUAAGGACAUUA